GCCGGCUUGGAUCGGAACUAAUAACCCCGCCCCCUAUGUUAGCCGCACCCAUUCAACACCGCCCAGAAGCCGAGCGGCAGAUGCUGAAGUUGGAGCGGAGAAGGUUGUCGGGCGGUGUGUGGGUGAGAUGCGGUCGGAGCGUUGAUUCAAGGAAUAUCUGUAUUGGGAGCGCGUAAAACCGUGAGAUAUAUUUGUUCGAACACGCAGACCGGGAUUGGCGUGUGACAUCGCGUGUUUGACCCAGCGCCUGUGUCUGCCGCAACAAACAAGCGCAGAUGGAGGAGACGGGUCGCCGCGAGUCGAUGGGAGGACAACAAGGCGCAAUUAAGAAUAUUGAGAGGGAACUUGUAUGCCCUUCCUGCAAGGAAUUGUAUACCCAUCCACUGAUCUUGCCCUGCCAGCAUAACAUUUGCCACAAGUGUCUCAAGGAACUUCUUUACUUGAGUCUUGAGGACUCCACUGAUGUCAGUUCAGAAGCAUCGACACCUGGAAGCCCACGAAUUCGGUUGACCUCCCCAAGUGUGGAAAGAAUCGACAGGCUUGUCAGAUCAGGCUCGAAGCGCAAUUCGUUGACUCCCAAGAUCACAACCAUAGCAUGCCCAGGGUGCUUGCACGAUGUAGAUCUUGGAGAACGUGGGAUCAAUGGCCUUUUUCGUAACGUUACUUUGGAAACUAUUGUGGAACGCUACAGACAGGCAGCCCGAGCAGCUACUGCCAUCAUGUGUGACUAUUGUAAACCUCCAGCUCAGGAAUCUACCAAAAGCUGCAUGGAUUGCAAUGCUAGUUUCUGCAAUGAGUGCUUUAAAAUCAACCAUCCGUGGGGGACCAUCAAAGCUCAGCAUGAAUAUGUUGGACCAACAAAUCAAUUUAGGCCAAAGGUCCUAAUGUGCCCAGAGCAUGAAAUGGAGAAAGUAAACAUGUACUGUGAAAUUUGUCGGAGGCCUGUUUGCCACUUGUGUAAACUGGGAGGAGCACAUGCAAACCAUCGAGUCACUACAAUGAGCACUGCUUAUAAAACACUGAAGGAGAAACUUACAAAAGGCAUUAGUUAUCUUAUUAGCAAGGAAAGCCAAGUAAAGGAUCAAAUAUCUGAACUGGAGACACUGAUUAAACAAACAGAGAGUAAUGGAGAAACGGCAAAAGAGGAUGCAACCUACAACUUUGAGAAGCUGUAUAAUAUCCUAGAAGAACGGAAAUCUUUUGUUAUGAGGUCUAUAGAAAAUUCAAAGACAUUGCGCUUGGAAAAACUCAAAAACCAGAUGGAAGAGUACCAGGGACUCCUAGAAAAUAAUGGGCUUGUUGGUUAUGCUCAGGAAGUGCUAAAGGAAACUGAUCAUUCUUGCUUUGUUCAGAUUGCUAAACAGCUGCAUAUAAGAAUUCAGAGAGCAUCAGAGUCUCUGACAUCAUUCCGACCUGCAGCACAGCCAGGGUUUGAUGAGUAUUUUCUUGAUGUGGCUAAGGAAGAAGAUCUAUUAAGUGAAAUGGCCUUUUCCAAAGCUCUAGCUGUGCCAGAAAUCAACACGGAACAGAGCAAGAUCUAUAACAAAGCCAGGAUUUGUUGGAAUGAGCCCAGCGAUUCCCUAUCCGCAGAUAGCUAUGUGCUUGAGUACCGCAGACUUGAUAAGAACGAGGAUCUUUUAUGGAAUGAAAUUGAAACAACCAAUACCAGCAAAAUCCUCACAGAUCUUGACUUAAAUAGUCAGUACUGCUUCAGAGUGAAAGGGUACAGAGGUUCUACCAGCACUCCUCUCAGUAAGGAAGUCAUCCUGCACACCCCGCCAGCACCAGUUUUUAACUUUCUGUUUGACGACAAAUGUGGAUACAACAAGGAGCACCUAAUGUUACAUGCCCAGCGGGAUACUGUGGAGAGCAUGGCGGGGAUCUCUCUAUUGCUUGGAGCAGAACGUGUCCAAGUAGGAUGUUACACGUGCCUUGAUUAUAUCAUUGGUGACACUGGAAUCACAAAGGGAAGACAUUUCUGGGCCUUUUCAAUUGAGUCUCAUUCAUACCUGGUGAAAGUAGGCGUUGCAUCUGAUAUUAAAUUGCAGGAAUGGCUUUAUAACCCACGGGACAUAAGCAGUCCAAGGUACGACCAGGACAGCGGCCAUGACAGCGGCAGUGAAGAUACUUCCUACGACUCCUCACAACCAUUUACUUUGGCAACUAUUGGAAUGAACAAAUUCUUUAUCCCAAAGUCCUCUCAUGUUGCAGGUGCCACCGCAGACCGAGUUCUCCCUCUACCAACCCGCAUUGGCAUUUGUCUGGACUAUGACGAAGGAAAGGUUGGGUUCUAUGACGCAAAUAAUAUGAAGUGCCUUUAUGAGAGAGAUGUUGACUGUAUUGGAACAAUGUACCCGGCUUUUGCUUUGCUAGGGGGCGGAGCCAUACAUCUGGAGGAGGUUAUCACUGCAAAUCAUUUGGACUAUUCUAAUGAAAUAUAAACGGCGAUAUCACAUGUAAAACAAGUGAUUUUGAUUCAGUGCACCACAACUGAUCAUUUGCACUCCAAUUUUAAUUCCAUUGUCUUCUUCAUGCAAGACUUUGCAGCAGGCCUUGUUCAAAUGUUAACCACUAUGUUUGUGUAAGCUCUUUUUCAUAAGGAAAAUGCUUUUUCUGCAUUAUUAAUGAAUAAAAACAGGUCUGUGUCACAGUGAGACAGACCCAGUGAUUAGCAAUAGGAUGUAUUAGGCCAAAAUGGCUGCUGUGUUGGUUCUAAAGCAACGUUUGCAGCUGGACUAUGUGAUGCUCUGGGCAAUAGUCUGAGGCCUAUGAGCUGCUCUUAUCAAAUAUUCUAUAAAAUGCUCUGUUACAGUGUAGCUUCAUCAGUGCUUUGGCUUAUUCUUUCCCUUUAAACACACUUAGUGGCAGGGCUGGGUCUGCUCCCAAGACCGUAUCCUUUAAAACCCCAUCAUAUUUUAAUAUCCAAAUAAGUUAAUAUCAUCCUCAAGUUUCAUUGUUCCAGUUUGUCAUUUGAAGUUGUUUUAAUGAAAUCUUUUAAUAUACAUUUACAGGGUGGUAGUUUACUCAAUACCUAAUGUUUUGCAUGUAAAAAAAACAAAAUGCCCAGGCCUUUUAAGUCUUUAUUUAGCUGUGAACUCCAGAAAGAGUUAAUACUUUUAAACCUGUGACCUGCUGACACGUUUAAAUUUCAUAUAUUUAUAUGUGUAAUUUAUUUGCAGAUGAGCUGUGGCAUUUUGUCACUGUUUUAUUUUUUAUCUCUGUUGAAUGUUUCCUCAAGUUUCAUUUUGUUUUUUUGUGUGUGUGUGUGUGUAUAUAUCUGUUGUCGGCAAAAUAAUAAUAAUAUAAGUUAAAGUUUUAUUGGCAGCGGACGUCUAUGGAGUUCAACAACCAAAAAGGCUCACCUGACAAAAAAUAACCUUUAAAUUCACUUUCUGGGAAGGUGUUUAAAAUCCUAUGAAAUUUUACAAUAUCUAAUUUAUAUUUUGUAAUAGAACCACAUUAAAUAGUGGUUACACAUUUUGUUUCUAUAGAAUGUCAUUUGUUAUCACUGGAUCCUGUUUCCUACUGUACACUAAGCUCAUAGUUUGGGUUUUUGUUUUCACCUUUUAAGGGAAUUGUUUGUUUUAGGCAAAAUAUGGUGUUUGAUUUUUUUCAAUGCAGGGACUAAGUAAUUCACUGAGCAAACAUAUCAUGAAUAUUUUUGGUAAUGCAUCGCUGAUACUGCGGGUUUUUUUUUCUUUUUCUUUGUAAACUAUGUUGGGAUGGUGUUUCCCCCUCGGUUAAAUUGCACUUUAUGGCAUAGCGUUCACAAGGUACUAUGCAACCUUUUUUGAAUUGUGUUUGAUGAAGCUGCUAAACUAUAAGAAUACUGGCUAAUACAUAAUAUAAAUAUGUUCUUUAUUUCUUCAGGAAACAUGUACUACUAAGGAAUUUGGAGGUAAAAAUGUCUGUUUUUUAAUAAAAUAUUAAAAUUUAUUUUAAUAUUU